AUGUGUAACGACGAUGCUCGGCAAGAGGGCGUUCAGUGGCCGUCCUCACAGCAAUUGGCAGCCCUUGCCGACAUAGAAGGUGAUGUUCAAAUGAAAGCAGCACAACUUGGCUUACUUAGUUCAGAGUACCGUGCGAAUAUUGCACGCGUGUUGCACCACUACGAACCGCAGGCUGCGACCUUUCGCACCAUUAUUUAUGCCAGUGAGCAGAAGCGAAAGGCAGUGGAAAGGGAACUCGUGUGGACAGAACGCAUCGCUUUGCUCCAGGAGCAGCGCUGCGGAACAACUAUUGUCUCCACGCGCGAUUUGAUGGUACUUGAGCGGGAACCGUUGCAUCCUGUGGAAUGCAGCUUAAAAGAAUGUUAUCAGAAGCUGGAGAAUGUUGCGUACAAUGAGCUCUGUGUCCUACGAAACUACGAAUAUCCUCCCAGGCAGGCCGUAGCUACAAUGAGAAUGAUCAUGAGGGUUCGGGGAGAGGAGGAUUUGAGCUGGGAAAACGUACAAGUGGUUCUUAGUGAGAACUACUUCUACACUUUCUUCGUCAGCCGCAUGCGCACGCUACUGCAGAAACGCCUUCCAGAUGAUGUACUGGAGGAGCUUGAGCAGUACUGCCUCAAUCCUGAGCACGCACCCGAGGCCCUUGCGGUAGUUUCCGUACCGCUGGGAGUUAUUGGGAGUUUGUUGCACGCGGUACGUGACUAUUUUCAAGUGAUGGACCUUGUGAAGCGGCCAGUGGAGCCCAUGUCAGUUGAAGAGCGCCGCAAGAAGGCCGGUGAGCUGCGCCGUGCCCUGCAGACAUUAAAGGAGGACGCCGCCACUGCAACUGAGGGAAUGGCUGAUCUGAAGGCGCGUAUUGCGAGUAAAUUUGUUACCGUGCGUGAUGAGUACGAUGACACCAUGUGUCCACUGCACGACGACUUAGAGAAAAAGACAGAGGAUUUCCUAAAAGUGCUUUCCGGAGACAUUCCUGCUGAGGAAGGUGCCACUGGUGAAGGUGAAUGCCCCGAUGCCAUGUAG